CUCACAUUGAACCUCUCUCUCUCUAUCUCUCAUGUCCGUGUUUACAAGUGAAGCGUGACGUUCACGGACCGACAAGAAGACGUCUCGUAGCUCCACUUGAAGCUGUUAAUUUUCACCAGAGGCGUCCAGCAUGCAUUCACUGAAAGCUUUCCUCAGCGAGAGACUGACGGCGGCGGCGGAGGAGAUCUUUGGAGCUGUCGAAAAAACACUAGCCGAGUACAAAGAGGAGAUUUCACGCUCAAAAGAUUUGGAAAUCAGUCGCCUCAGGAUGCAGCUGAAGCUCCUCAAGUCAGAGCCACGGUUGGAUAGAUGCAUUGGAGCCCAGCUGCAGCAGCACACCCAUCACCACCAUCACCAUCCUCCUCCUCCUCCUCCCUCUCUUCCUCCUCCACAGCAGCACCAUCAGACCCUCCCUGCAGUGGAGCCUCCAGAGUCCCAGCACUGUGAGGAGGAUGAAGGCAGCAGCAUGGAGCAGGAGCACCCAGAGUCCUCACAUGUGAAGAAGGAGCAGCACAAGAGCCACAGGGAUUUCUGGAUGGGGCACGACGCGGAGCAGCUCGAGGGUCUCGAAUCAGACAUCAAAGACUUCAUCUCAUCUCCGUCCGGCCUGAGAGGCAGUCUGCAGGACCCCACCUUACCUUUCCACCCCAACCAUCACAACCACAACCACAACCACAACAACAACAACCACCACGGCGACGAGAGCAAAGAGAAGCCCUACUGCUGCUCCGUCUGUGAAAAGCGCUUCAGUAACUGCUCCCACCUCGCCGCACACAUCAGGACACACACAGGGGAGAGGCCUUACAGAUGUGAAAUAUGCAGGAAGACUUUUAUCACAACAAGCGCUCUCAACAGACACCAGACCAUCCACACCGAAGGGAAACACUUUGUGUGUAAUUACUGUGGGAAAUCCUUCAAAUGGAUGGAGUCUCUCGGCCGGCACGUGAGAAGCGUGCAUAAGAGAGAGAACAUGCCUGAAUGACUCUAAUGUCCGACAGAUUCAUGUCACUGUAUGUUAACCGUCUCUAAUCUCAAAGAAUGUAAUGUCUGUUUUCCAUGUUUAGUCGUGUGUGUAAUUGUGCAUGGACCUCCACGAGUCGUGUGUGCAUAAACACUAUGAUGUGUAAAUAAAUUGUAAAAGCACUCA